CUAAUAUUGGUACUUAUACAAUGUAUGCUGCUGCGUUAGGUCGAUUGGUACUAGCUAUUGAAUGUUUUGCUCCUAAUGUUGAUCGUAUUCAUCGUGCUGUUCAAUUAGAAAAUAUUUCUAAUCGAGUUGUUCUUAUACAAAAUGCACUUUAUUCACAUUCUGGACAAUAUUUACGUUUAUCAUAUGAUGAAGACAAUAUUGGAGGUCAAGAAUUAGAUAUUGUAAAGAAACCAACAAAUAAUCAAAAUACAACAUAUAAUCAAAGUAAAGACAAUGAUCCAUAUUUAGUAAAAACAAUAACAUUAAAUGAGUUGGUACCAAUAUUACAUGCACGUGGUGUACGUGGAGCAAUAAUAAAAAUGGAUAUUGAAGGAAGUGAAAGUUUUGCUCUAGAAAGUGGAAGUCAGAUAUUCGAUUUAUUUGAUAUACCAGUUGUACAAAUGGAAUGGCUUAAAGUACGCAGUUUUCCUGAUCGCGUUAAAUUUCUAAUAGAUUUUUUCACUAAACGUAAUUAUGUGCCUAAAACAUGUCAAUGUCAACCAUUAGAUAUAAAAAACAUUCAAGUAUGGCCUAAUGAUUUAUGUUGGACGAAAGGAAAUAUUUCUUGCUGUUAG